AUGCCGGCGCAGGUCAAGGUCACCGGGGUGUACCCAAGGCUGGUACCCGAGGCCGCUGCUGCAGCCUCCCCAGCCUCGCAGGAGCCGCCGGGUCUCACGGAGGCCAGCGGGGCGCUCCAGCCCCGGCCCAGGCGCGAGGUCCCCGCCACGGCCGGCCCGGCACCCGGCCCCGCCCGCCGCCCCGGGCACCGGGCUCGGCCCCGUCACGGCCCGCGGGGCCCCGCGCCGCACCUCGCCAGACCGCCCUUCCUCGGGAACGGGGCAGUGCCCAGCUCCGAGCAGCCUCCCGAGCCGCGGCACACGGGAGGGACCGAGCUCCGCGUCCCACUUGGGCCAGGCUCCGCGUCCUGCGGGACUGAGCUCCGCGUCCUGCGGGACCGAGCUCCGCGCUGUGCCAGGACCGAGCUCCGCGUCCUGCCGGGACCGAGCUCCGCGUCCUGCGGGACCGAGCUCCGCAUCCUGCGGGACCGAGCUCCGUGCUGUGCCAGGACCGAGCUCCGCGUCCUACCGGGACUGAGCUCCGCGCCCUGCCGGGACCGAGCUCCGCGCCCUGCCGGGGCCGGGCUCCGCAUCCCGCAGGGACCGAGCUCCGUGCUGUGCCAGGACCGAGCUCCGCGUCCUGCCAGGACUGAGCUCCGCGUCCUGCGGGACCGAGCUCCGCGUCCUGCGGGACUGAGCUCCGCGUCCUGCGGGACCGAGCUCCGCAUCCCGCAGGGACCGAGCUCCGCGCCCUGCCGGGGCCGGGCUCCGCAUCCCGCAGGGACCGAGCUCCGUGCUGUGCCAGGACCGAGCUCCGCGUCCUGCGGGACCGAGCUCCGCAUCCUGCGGGACCGAGCUCCGUGCUGUGCCAGGACCGAGCUCCGCGUCCUACCGGGACUGAGCUCCGCGCCCUGCCGGGACCGAGCUCCGCGUCCUGCGGGACCGAGCUCCGCGUCCUGCCAGGACUGA